GUCAAGUGUGCGGCGAUAUGAAUCGGAGUUUCCGGGAAAGCAGGAAAAAGUGAUGUUUUUCAUGUAGGAAGAAGGGAAAAACCUCUCCUAUUCCUAGGAAUACUGCUACUUUUCCUCGGAAAACGUCCAGCUGUAAACGCAAAGCCCCGUGACAUACCAUCCACCCGUCCAUUCCCACGUUCUUCCUAUAUAUUCACUCGGCAACCCAGAUUUUUCUGCACAGCAGCUCAAGCGACUUCUCCUCAACCACUCAUCUUUUCAUUGGCCCCCACACCCGCUGAUUCUCAUCUCUACACUAUCAUGAAACUAAAGGUUGUCGAAUUAGUAUCCCUGCUCCUGGAACUGGUUUGCUUCGUGGGCACUUCCGUGUCCCAGGAAUGUGGCGGGGUGCUCACAGAACCCUAUGGGGAUAUCAAAUCUCCUGGAUAUCCCGAUUCCUAUCCCCCUAACGUCAAUUGUCACUGGGAAAUCCACGCUCCAGCAACUCGUAAAAUCAUCCUCACAUUCAUUGACUUCUUAAUCGAGGAAUCCGUGGAUUGCUUUUCUGGCGAUUACCUCGCCGUUUCCGAUCCAGAAGGAGAGCAAAAAGAAUUUUGUGGCCAAGAUCAUCCCUGGACGAUCGAAUCGAUUGGGAACACACUUUCCAUCACUUUUAACUCCGAUUCCGACGAUCAACAGGGAUUCCGAUUUUACCUGGCCUAUGUCACUGUGUCCAAAUGCGGAGAAGGCUGGCAAGAGUUUGGGGAGCAUUGUUACUAUUUCUCCGACGUGGAAAUGACCUUUGACCAAGCCCAGGUAGACUGCGAGACCAGGAACGCUCAAUUGACCAGUGUACACUCUAGGGAGGAGCAGUUGUUCGUUCAGGAGCGAGCGCAGACUCCUACUGUUUGGAUUGGGGCAACAAACACCGGAGAUUUAUCGGUGAAUCCUUUGGACUUCGAAUUCCUCGACGGGACACCCACCGAUUACCAUAACGCGUGGCAGUAUGAGGUAUGGACCCCUCUUCACUCGUGCCGAGGGGGAGGAUGCGGAAUCCUCUUGGUCCCAGAUCGGUGGGCCAAUCGAGAUUGUUCAGAAACCCGCCCAGUGAUUUGCGAAUCAACCGUAGACUUAGGGGAAGACUGGCACUGUUGGGAGGUAGAGAUGAAUAUGUAUUGCUUCCAUGUGUCGAACCAAUCCUUUACCUUUAGUAAAGCCUUGUCUCACUGCGAGGACUCUGGAGCUGCUAUACUUUCCAUUGGUGGUGACGAAAUUAAUCACAUGUGUGUGGCUCUUAUCCUUCAAUAUGACGAACGCUUCCCGCAUCCCCUUCCGAAGUGGACGGAAUUUUGGAUAGGCUUGAGGCUAGAUGUGACGGAGGAGUGGACUUGGUUGGACGGGUCUCCGUUUCAAGUGGAUCGUUGGGAGGAAGGGUAUCCCACUGACGACGGUGGCGAAUGCGUUGUGAUGACCACAUCCUCGUGGGAUGAACUCCGGAAAAGUGAACAUGCGUCCUACGUAUGCAAGAAGUCGCCCUGAAAAGCUCCGCUAGGAUGUGCGUGUGUGGUCAUUUUCGCUUUCGCAGCUUUCAAGAAAUGUUAAUAAAUGCUUAGUAACAAUUAUUUU